GCGACCGGCGCGCACGCCACGUUCCGCGGGGCGUCCCAACUCGCUCCCUCCACCAAAUCGCGCACCGCGCAUCGCGGGGAGUGCUCUCCGCGUCACUCGGUGUGUCACUCCGUGUGUCACACAGUGUGUCACGCAGUGUCGCGAGUGUCACCAAGUGUCACGAGUGCCGCGAGCGUGCUACGGACGUGUGUUAAGGUUGCGGUCCAGGGAAAUGCUCUCCAUCGACGGUUGGUAGAGGAGCAGCGGAAAAAUGUCAUCGAAACGAAAAACAGCGGCGUUCUCCGCUGAGCUGAACAGGGUGCUGGCGGCCGGGCCCCGCAACCCCGCCAAGGAGGCCAAGACCACCACCACCUCCACCACCACCAUCGUAGAGCAGUCGCAGGCAUGGGGCGGCGUCGAAGUCAUGGAGGAGAAUGUCGACGUGCCUGUCACCCCGGCACCUUACACUCGCAUCACAGGAAACAACAACAACACUACCAACGGCGCGGUGGCGGACGUCCUCACGGCCCGCGAGGACGUCGUCGGUGAGCGGCUCAGCCUCAAGAAGGGCGACCUCGUCGAGGUCCUGGACACGACUGGCGAUGCCAAACGACCCCGCCUCGACCUCGACCUGCACGGCGACCCCGACCUCGACCUGGGCCUCGGCGCCGACGCGGCCUCGCUGCUGGACAACUCGUCGGCCAGGCACAAGAUGAGCAUCCGGCCGAAGCGGCGCCACGGCGACCCUCGCGCCAGGUCGCAGGACUCGCAGGACCGGGACGCCAGGUGGCUGGUGCGCCUGGUCAGCGACCCCUCGCAGACUGGCUGGAUUCCCGCCUCCAGCCUGGAGCGCCGCCCCAGCACGUGCUGGCCGUCGCCGCCCAGCGCGGACCAGCGGCACGGCGACGAGGGCCGCGGCCAGGACGCCGUCUUCAGGAGGGAGGCCGUGGUCCGGGAGCUCGUGGAGACCGAGGAGGAGUUCGGCAGGGACAUGCGGCACGUGGUGGAGCGCUACAUGCGGCCCGUGGACUCGGCCUCCGUGCCGCGGGUGGUGCGCGACAACAAGACCCUCGUCUUCGGCAACCUCAAGGAGAUCGCCGAGUUCCACAACACUGUGCUGAUCGAAGGCAUCAAGUACUACGCCGACGAACCGCGCAUGAUCGGGAAGACCUUCUUGAGGCUGGAGCGAGACUUCGACAAGCACGUCGCCUACUGCCGGGACGAGCCCCUGGCCCAGGAGUUCCUGCAGGACACGCCGCAAGCCAGGGACUUCUACGAGGAACUCAGCCAGAGACUUGGCGACGACAAGAAUCUACCCGAACACCUCAAGCUCCCGAUUCAACGCAUCAACGACUACCAACUUUUACUAAAAGAGUUGGUAAGGUAUUGCUCCAGGCUCGGGGAGGAUACGACCGACCUCAGCAAGGCACUCGAGUUGAUGCUCGGAGUGCCCCACCGGGCCAACGACAUCAAGUUCAUCUCCAACAUCGAGGGUUAUCACGGCAACAUCCACAAGCUCGGCCGCCUGCUGCGACACGAUUGGUUCACCGUCACCUACCGGGACGGCAGGGGCAAGGAGAGGUACCUGUUCCUCUUCAAGGCGCGCAUCCUCGUGUGCAAGGUCCGACGCAUCUCCGAGGACCGCUCCGUGUUCGUGCUCAAGGACAUCAUCCGAUUGCCCGAGCUCGAGGUGAAAGACCUCCCCGACAACAGCAGAGGCUUCCAGCUUCGCCACCCGGACGGCGAGGUGCGGCCCUACCCGCUGAUCAUCUCGGCGCACAACGACUCCGCCAAGGACGUGUGGCUCAAGGAGAUCAAGCAGUACGCCGCGGACUCGCUCGCACUUGCAGAGCACGCCGCUGACGACCUCCACGUGAAGGACGAAGAGGCGUCGUCCGCUGCAGAGCCCUCGCUCAAGCAGCCCAAGCAGCCCGUCAACAAGGUCAUCGUCCACAAGAUCCAGGUCGAGGAGCCCAGGACCCCGGAGCCGCUCGUCGAGGAGCCCCCCACCCCCGUGCUCGACGUCAACGGGAAGGGGAAAGAGCUCGAGGACAAUGCCAAGGCCCGCGCCGAGGACGUGACCGACGAGGUGUUCCACGACGCAGUCGAGGACGUGAGCGAGGCCGUCAAGGAGGAGAAGGCCGUUGAGAAGGUCGUCCAGAAGGAGGACGCAGUCAACAAGGAGGCCGCAGUCCAAAACGGAGCCGACAUGUCGGAGUACAGCAGUCGUCGGACGUCCAUCCGGAGAGCGGGCAGCUCCCGGACGGAGGUGGAGGAGUCGUACUCCGUGUCGCGGUCCAGCCGCCACGAGAUGAUCAGCGAGAGCUCCCUGACGGGGGUCUCGUCCAUGGGCGCGUCGUCCAUCCGCUCGUCCAGCCGCACCGAGUCCUCGUCGUCGGCGAGGUACUCGUCGGGCGACGUGAGCGGCUCCGCCCUCACCGAGUCCUCGUCGGCGUACUCGUCGCGCGGCGGACGCUCCUCCAUCACCGAGACCUCGUCGUCGACCGUGCGCGGCGGCGACGCGCUGUCCAGCUCCACCAGGACGUCCAUCAAGAUGUCGUCCUCGGACGGCCAGGCCGCCAUCACGACAGGCAAGCGCAGGCCGUCCUUCGCCAAGACCCUGGAGGGCUGCCACUGCGAGCCGGGCGAGACGGCGACCUUCGAGUGCAGCGUGGCCGGCGAGGAGUCGACUUCAGUGACGUGGCUCAAGGACAACAAGCCCCUGAGCGACCGCCUCAUGGACCGCGUGUCCAAGAGCAACGUGGACAACUCGUUCAAGCUGGAGAUCCAGAACCUGCUGGAGUCCGACACGGGCAUGUACACUGCGCACGCCACCAACGCCGAGGGCGCCAGCACCUGCACCGCCCACCUCCUGGUCCAGAAACUGACCGAAGAGGAGAGGCAGAAGCGUGCCGAGGCCAACCACCCCGUGUUCCUGGUGCAGCUCAAGGACACCGAGCUGCUGCAGGACACGUACUUGCGGUUCAUGGUGAAGGUGAAGGGCAACCCCAACCCCACCGUGCGAUUCUACAAGGACGACAGCCGCAUUCUGUCCACCAACGACCGGCUGAAGGUGAACAACGAGCAGUCGGACGCGGGCUACUACGAGCUGGUGAUCCCCGAGGUGAAGCCCGAGGACGCCGGCAAGUACUCCUGCGUGGCCAUCAACAGCUACGGCGAGGAGCGCUGCGACGCCCAGCUCACCGUCGUGGACGACAAGGACGUCUUCGCCGGCCUGGAGGAGACGGACGAGGAGCUCAAGCCCGGCGAGCAGCCCGCGUUCCACUGGACGCGCAACGGCCAGGCCUUCGACCCCGAGGAGCGGUUCAAAGUCUUGCUCACGGCGCAGGAGCAGGAGACGAGCUGCCUGGCCCGCCUGGAGGGCGCCUACAUUCUCGGGGACGACCGGCAGGAGAUGUGGGAGAUGGAAGGGCCCGGGCCGGGCUCGCCCGAAGAGACCCCAGAGAAGGACGCCCCGGACAAGCCGCGAACCAUCGAAUCUUACGAACCGGACAAGUCCAAAAUCCGCACCUUCGUCCACUCCAAGUACGCCCAGGCGCGCAAGCUGAGCGUCCUGGAGAAGAAGAUUAACAUCCUCGGGGACGAGCGGCAGGAGAUGUGGGAGAUGGAAGGAUCCGGGCUGGGCUCGGGGCCGGGCUCGCCCGAAGAGACCCUAGAGAAGGACGCCCCGGACGAGCAGGACAGGCCGCGAACCAUCGAAUCCUACGAACCGGACAAGCCCAAAAUCCGCACCUUCGCCCACUCCAAGUACGCCCAGGCGCGCAAGCUGAGCGUCCUCGAGAAGAAGAUCAACGCCUUCAGGCUCAACGAACUGCAGUCCAGGCUGACGGUCGUGGACGCCGAGGGCGAGGAGUCCAGCGACUCGAUGCUCAACGGGGUGGCGCCACUGCAAAACGGCGUCAAGAACGUGAAGAAGGCCGAAGGGGACUCGGAGAGCGAGGAGGAGAGAGAGACGGUGAAACGGAGGGAGAGGGACAAAGAACUAGAGAGGCAGCGGCAGCUGGACAGACAGAGAGAAAUUGAUAAGGCCAAGGAGAAGGAGCGCGAGGAACUGGAAAGACAGAAAGAGAUUGAACGUCUGAGAAAAAUAGAAAAACAACAAGAACUAGAAAGACUGAAGGAAAUUGAACGGCAGAAAGAGAUUGAACGUAUCAGAGUAAUAGAAAAACAGCAAGAACUAGAAAGACUGAAGGAAACUGAACGGCAGAAAGAGAUUGAGCGCCUCAAAGAAAUAGAGAAACAACAAGAACUAGAAAGACUGAAAGAAGUUGAACAGCAGAAAGAGCUAGAACGGAAGAAGGAAGAGGAGCGCCUAAAACAACUCGAACAACAACGAGAAAUUGAACGACAAAAAGAAUUAGAUAAACAAAAAGAAACCGAACGACGACAGGAGGAAGAGAAGCAAAAAGAACUAGAGAGACAGAAAGAGAUUGAACGCCGCAGAGAGAUAGAAAAACAACAAGAACUAGAAAGACUUAAGGAAAUUGAACGGCAGAAGGAGCUAGAAAGGCAAAAGGAAGAAGAGCGCUUAAAAGAACUAGCAAAACAACGAGAAAUUGAACUACAAAAAGAAUUAGAAAAACAAAAAGAAAUUGAGCGGCAAGAGGAAGAGAAACGAAAAGAAUUGGAGAGACAAAAGGAAAUAGAACGCCUCAAAGAAAUAGAAAAACAACAAGAAUUGGAAAGACAGAAGGAAAUUGAACGGCAGAAGGAGCUAGAAAGGCAAAAGCAAGAAGAGCGUCUUAAAGAACUAGAAAAACAACGAGAAAUGGAACGACAAAAAGAAUUAGAUAAACAACUAGAAAUGGAACGAAGACAAGAGGAAGAGAAGCGAAAGGAAUUGGAGAGACAAAAAGAAGUUGACAGACAGAAAGAGAUAGAACGCCUCAAAGAAAUCGAAAAACGAAAAGAAUUAGAAAGACUGAAGGAAAUUGAUAGGCUGAAAGAGUUAGAAAGACGAAAGGAAGAAGAGCGCCUAAAAGAACUGGAAACACAACGAGAAAUUGAACGUCAAAAAGAAUUAAAUAAACAAAACGAAAUCAAACGACAGCAAGAAUUAGAAAAACAAAAAGAAAUAGAGCGAAUAAAAGAACUAGAAAUACAGAAAGAAAUUGAACGUCAAAAAGAGUUAGACAGGCUGGCAGAAUUGGAACGACAAAAAGAGCUAGAAUGGAAGAAGGAAGAAGAGAAACAAAAAGAAAAAGAGGCCCUUGAAAGACGGAAAGAAAUUGAACGUCAGCAAGAGUUGGAUAAACAGAGGGAGAUUCAUUUACAAACUGAAUUAGAAAGGAAGAAAGAAGAGGAAAAACAAAAAGAAUUAGAAAGACAGAAAGAACUUGAAAGGCAGCAAGAAGAAGAGAGGAAAAAACGUGAUGAGAAUAUCAGAUUGGAAGAGGAUAGAAAGCAGAUGGAAUCGAAGGCUCAAGAGCUGGAAGUGACGAAAGUCAAGGACAAAACUGAAAAACGUGCCCACAAGAAACGAAAGGACGAGGAGGACUCCCUGGCGCUGGUGUUCCAGCACGUCAAGCCGGAGGACGCCGGGCUGUACACGUGCGUGGCGCAGACGUCCAGCGGCAAGAUCUCGUGCAGCGCCGAGCUCACCGUCAAAGGAGGCGUCAAUGCACUGGCGAGGGAGCCGGAGAAGCCCAAGAUCACUGUGGAAACGAAGACUCAAGAAGUGAGCCUCGGCGGCUCGGCCAUGCUGGAGCUUAAGGUUGAGGGCUCGCCCAAGCCGGAAAUCGCAUGGACCAAGGACGGGCAGGACGUGAAGGCGGGCGGCCGCGUGCGCUUCCUCUACGAGGACGACGAGAGCAUGUCCAUGAUCAUCAAGGGCGUGACGCCGGAGGACGCGGGCGUCUACACUGUCACCGCCUGGAACGACAUGGGCGAGGACUUUGCCGAGGUCACGCUCAACGUCAAGGCGCCGCCCAAGUUCAAGACGAAGAUCCAGGACCAGGCCUGCAUGAUGGAUGACACCCUCAGGGUCAGGGUGGAGGUGGAGGGAAGACCGCCGCCGGAGCUGACGUGGUUCAAGGACGGCAAGGAGAUCAAGGAGGACUCGCGCUUCCACAUCGUCAAGGAGAGCGACGAGGUGUUCGUGCUGGUGAUCGAGAAGAUGGUCCUGGAGGACUCGGGCUCGUACUCGGUGGUGGCCCGCAACGAGGUCAGCCAGACGUCCGAGUUCUACAAGCUGGCCGUGCAGUCGCCGCCCUUCUUCACGCAGAAGAUCGCGCCGCGCAAGAUCGAGGUCCGCGAGGGCGACUUCACCACCUUCUCCGUCAAGGUCGACGGCGACCCCAAGCCCAGGGUCCGCUGGUUCAAGGACGACACGGAGCUGCUGAACGACGACCGGCACGUGAAGAUCGAGAGCGACCGCGACGGCGAAAUGCACACUCUCACGCUGCGCGGCAUUACGCGUGACGACAUGGGCAAGUACACGUGCGAGCUGGACAACCGCAACGGCCGCUGCAGCGACAGCACCACCAUGCACGUGCACUGUAUCCCGCUCGUCAAGCAGAAGCUGCGCGACAUCGUGUCCAAGGAGGGCGACCUCAUGGUCGUGUUCGACGUCACCAUCGAGGCCUUCCCGGAGCCCGAGAUCAAGUGGACCCACGACGACGUGGAGGUGACGGAGCGCAAGACGCUCAUCACCCGCACCUUCGACGAGACCCACAUCUACCUGAAGACGUACAAGCUGACCAUGAAGGAGGUGCACGUGGACCAGGCCGGCCAGUACACCUGCACGGCCACCAACCCGCUGGGCACCACGGACAACAGCUCCAACUUCAAGGUGUUGUACGUUCCCAAGAUCACCAAGAAGCUCGAGAACGUGACCCUGGACGAGGGCGAGACCCUGGAGCUCAACAUCGAGGCCAACGCCGUGCCCAUUCCCGACGUGACAUGGUACAAGGACGGCAAGAAGCUCUCGGCCGAGGCCAACGCCAACAUCAAGAUCACGCGCGACCGGCAGCGCCAGGAGAGCUACAGCCUCACGCUCAACUUGUGCAAGUACCAGGACACGGGCGAGUACGAGUGCCGCGUGUCCAACGACCAGGGCACCACGUCCACCAAGUGCAACGUGGUGGUGAACGCGUUGGGCUCCAAGCCCGUCGUCACCAAGCACAACAUGCAGGACUCGCAAAUCUACGAGUCCCUCGCAAAGAUCUACGAGGUCACCUGCAUCGGCGAGCCCAAGCCAGUGGCCACCUGGUACAAGGACGGCGAAGAGGUGACCGCGGACAACGAGCACCUCAAGAUCUCCGAGUCCGGCGACGUGUACAAGCUGGAGGUGCCGCCCACGUUCAUCCCCACGGACGAGGGCGUGUACAAGCUCCACCUGGAGAACCGGCUCGGCUCCCAGGACCUCGAGUGCAACCUCAAGCUCAUCCCGCUGGAGACCAAGCAGAAGCCCCUGAGCGACCAGUACCAGGACUUCAAGAAGGUCAAGACGAGCGGCGUGCCCAUGCCGCUGCCCAACGCGCCCAUCAUCAGCCGCAUGACGGACCGGCGCCUCACGCUGUCCUGGAGGCCCAGCAUCCCCACCGGGCCGCGCGCCCCAGUCACCUACCAGGUGGAGAUGUGCGAGCUGCCGGACGGCGAGUGGUUCACGGUGCGCAAGGGCAUCCGCAGCUGCGCGUGCGACGUGCACAACCUGGAGCCCUUCCGCAACUACAAGUUCCGCAUCCGCGUGGAGAACAAGUACGGCAUCAGCGACCCGUCGCCGUACGCCAUCACGCACCGCGAGAAGCUGGAGCCGCCGCCGCCCAAGUUCUUCCCGUACCUGGAGCCGGGCAUCGACUUCCGGCCCGAGACCUCGCCCUACUUCCCCAAGGACUUCGACAUCGAGAGGCCGCCGCACGACGGAUACGCGCAGGCGCCUCGGUUCCUGCGCCAGGAGCAUGACACGCAGUACGGCGUCAAGAACCACAACUGCAACCUGAUGUGGUUCGUGUACGGCUACCCCAAGCCCGUCAUGAAGUACUACUUCAACGACGAGCUGAUCGAAUCGGGCGGCCGCUUCGACCAGAGCUACACCCGUAACGGCCAGGCCACGCUCUUCAUCAACAAGAUGCUGGACCGCGACGUGGGCGUGUACGAGGCCGUGGCCACCAACGAGCACGGCGAGGCGCGGCAGCGCGUGCGCCUUGAGAUCGCCGAGUUCCCCGUGUUCCUGAAGCGGCCCGAGGAGACCACCAUCAUGCACCGCAAGGGCACCCGCGUGGAGGCGCGCGUCAUCGGCGUGCCGUACCCGGACAUCAAGUGGUUCAAGGACUGGAUGCCCAUCGUGUCCUCGGAGCGCAUCAAGAUCGUGUUCGUGGAGCCCGACACGUGCCACCUGCACAUCUCGGACGCCAUCAACCGCGACGAGGGCCUGUACUCCAUCACGGCCUCCAACGUGGCGGGCUCGGUGAGCCACUCCAUCAUGAUCCACGUGGAGGAGGACGAGCGGCGCUACUGGGACCAGACGUACAUGCGGCCCAAGCCGGUGCGGCCGCACAAGGAGAUGCCGCUGUCGGAGGCCUACGACCUGGGCGACGAGCUGGGCCGCGGCACGCAGGGCAUCACGUACCACGCCGUCGAGAGGAGCACUGGCCGCAACUACGCGGCCAAGGUGAUGCACGGCAAGGGCGAGCUGCGCAAGUUCAUGGACAACGAGCUGGAGAUGAUGUCCGUGCUGCACCACCGGCGCCUCAUCCGCCUGCACGACGCGUACGAGAGGAACGACGGUCUGACGCUCGUCACGGACCUGGCCGCGGGCGGCGAGCUGCUGGACGUGCUCACCAGCCGCCCGUUCUACACCGAGUACGACAUCGCCGGCUACAUCCGCCAGCUGCUCGAGGGCCUGGAGCACAUGCACUUCCUCAACGUCGCCCACCUGGGGCUCACGCCCGGCGACCUGCUCCUUGCGCACCCCGGCGGCGACGACCUCAAGAUCUGCGACUUCGGCCUGGCGCGACGCAUCUCGGCUGGCGGGCUGCACCCGCUGUUGUACGGCAUGCCGGAGUUCGUGGCGCCCGAGGUGAUGCGCGGCGACGGCGUGGCGCUGAGCGCCGACAUGUGGUCCGUGGGCAUCAUCACGUACCUGCUGCUGUCGGGCCGCUCGCUCUUCCGCGGCGAGAACGACCGCGAGACGCUCACCAAGAUCAAGGAGGGCAAGUGGGCCUUCGACGAGGACCUGUUCUCCAACUACUCCGCCGAGGCGAGGGACUUCAUCUCCAAGCUGCUGGUGUACGUGCCGGGCGCGCGUCUCAACGUGGAGCAGGCCCUGGACCACCCGUGGUUCAACAUCCUGCACCGCGAGCCCUACGACCCGUACCGCAUGAGCACGGACGCCCUCAAGAACUACUACAACCUGUACAAGGACUGGUACAGCAACGCGUCGUGCCGCAACUGGUACCGCCGGCGGCCGCUGGAGGGCGCCUUCACGCACCCGUCCAAGAUGGUGUACCCGCCCUACGAGCGCUACACGCCCGAGCCCACGCCGGAGCGCGAGCCCUACAAGUCGCGCAACUGGGAGGAGGAGAUCCACACGGGCGGCACCGACCUCAACUACGAGAUCGGCCUCAUCAAGUCGGAGAGCCACUACCAGAACGGCCCGGACACGUACCUGCUGCAGCUGCGUGACGUGGACUUCCCCGUCCGGCUCCGCGAGUACCUCAAGGUGGCCGCCAACCGGGGCCCCGGCUACUCUCGCAUCGUGACGGACCAGAGCCAUCUGGACUGGCGGGCGCCGGUGAUCCGCGAGCGGCGCCGCUUCACGGACGUGAUGGACGAGGAGAUCGACGACGAGCGCAAGGCGCGCAUCAACAAGUACGGCUCGGACAGCGUGUACAGCCUGCGCCGGCUGCGCCACGAGCUGGGCACGCGGCUGGACGGGCACGCCGAGGCCGAGGCCAUCAUGCAGACGCGCCACGAGGAGCAGGACGGCCACCUGCCCUUCUUCCGCGAGAAGCCGCUCACCAUCCCCAUCGUGGCCAACGAGGACGUGGAGAUCUCCUGCCUGGUGGUGGGCGACCCCAAGCCGCUGGUGCAGUGGUACAAGUGCGACAUGGUGCUGCAGGAGACGGUGCGCAUCUCGUUCAAGGAGGACGACGAGGGCCGCAGCAUCCUGCGGCUGGGCCCGGCGCACAACAUGGACAUCGGCAUCUACAAGGUGGUGGCGCGCAACAAGGGCGGCCAGACGGUGGCGCGCUUCCGUGUCGUCCUGGCCGGCGUGCCGGACUCGCCGGACUCCCCCGACGUGGCCGACGUGUCCGACGACGAGGUGUUCCUGCGCUGGAAGCAGCCCCGCGACGACGGCAACACCGCCGUGCUGUGCUACGCCCUGCAGUACAAGGAAGUCGACGGUGACCACUGGAUAGACAUUGCCAAGAAUAUCGACCACGAGUUCUACGUGGUGAAGAACCUCCAGCAAAUGAGCCGCUACUACUUCAGACUGGCAGCCAAGAACCGUGUCGGCUGGAGCGACUAUGGUAUUCCCAUCAAAGUCAAAACUAAACCCACUGGUGUGCCAAAGGUGGAGAUAACUCGUGCCAUGGCACACCUUCAGUCCAUCACAGAGUCUGGCGCUGAGGUAAAUGAAUUGGAAGCUGCACCGAAAUUGGACUACUCUGUUGAAAACCGCGCCAUCAACUGGAUUCCUGAGCAUGAAGUAUCCGAUAAAUACCACUUUAUUUCAGAAAUUUCAAGAGGGCGGUUCUCAGUUGUUGUUAAAGGAGUUGAAAAAGCGAAUGAUCAUAUAGUUGCGGGAAAACUUUUAGAACUACGACCAGAGAGAGAGGUUGCUGUCAACAGAGAGUUUGAGGCACUGCGUCGUCUUCGACAUGAACGUAUCGCCCAGCUUAUUGAAGCAUACAGGGCACCUGGAUCAGAAGUAGCUGUUCUGAUCUUGGAAAAACUUCAGGGUGCUGAUGUUCUUACAUAUUUCUCUAGUAGGCACGAGUACAAUGAACAGAUGGUCUGCAAUGUUGUGAGUCAGGUACUAGAUGGUCUUCAAUAUCUGCAGUGGCGAGGACUGUGCCAUUUAGACUUGCAGCCCGACAACAUAGUUAUGGCCUCCGUCCGUAGUUUACAAGUGAAAUUAGUGGAUCUUGGGUCUGCACAAACUGUCAGUAAACUGGGCACCCUGGUGGAUAGAGUGGGUCAUAUUGAAUUCUCAUCACCUGAAAUGUUAAAUGAUGAGCCAGUAUUCCCACAAUCAGACAUGUGGUCAUUGGGUGUUGUCACAUAUGUUCUUCUGUCUGGAGUUUCUCCAUUCCGUGGUGAAAAUAAUGAAGAAACGAGACAGAAUGUUCUCUUUGUCCGAUACCGCUUUGAGCACUUAUUUAAGGAGCUGACACAGGAGGCAACAAGAUUUUUAAUGCUCAUCUUCAAACGCACUCCUACAAAACGGCCUACCAUUGAGGAAUGUCAUGAACAUCGUUGGCUCCUACCAACAGAGUUCAUGAUCAAGAAGAGGGAGAGAGCCUCAUUCCUGGGAAUGCGUCUCAAGGACUUCUGUGAUGAAUAUCACACAAUGAGGGAACGGCAAGCCAUCAAUGCUGAUUCUCUGGUCGGCUCAAUUUCAUCAAGCGCUGGUGACUCGAGUCGAAGAUUGACAUUGUCACGUUCAGACAGCAUAGUAGAAGAGCUGAGCAAUGCUUUCCAGAAUGGAGCGGUUGAAUAAAUGAAAUGAUGUAAUUUUCACAAACAUCGUUAGACCUAAUAAUUAAUUGUAUGUUUCAGGCAUACACGGAAUAACUUUAUAAUUAUUAUUCAGUUUUGUACAUUGUAGCAAAUGUGAUCUGAAUUGCUAUAUUUUUUUAGAUGUUGCUCAUGCUGUCUUUACGAUAGAGGCAAGAAUGUGAUUGUACAGUUGUGGAUUUUUUUUGUUGGGGGUAUUAUUUUUUACUUGUAAGAGGCAGAAUUAAGCAAUUGGUGAUGGCAUUAGAUUUUAGUGAAUUUAGAGGUCAAAAUUCAUGAAUCACUAUCAUCUAGAAAUUGACUUUGUUUUCUCUGGUAAAAGCAACGUCUAAAAGAAAAAGUUUGCUCUUAGACCAUAAGCUUACAAUAUAACUUGCCUCUAAGCAAAUGUAGCUGGAAGAAAAUGAUCAAUUUGUGCCUUGCUGCUGCACCUGCCAAUUCAAUAGCACAUUUUGCAGAUUAAAAUUGUCUUACGUUAAGCUGUUUCAUUUGUUAUCAUGUCGUUGUAAGUGGAUAAGAAUUACCAUUAUCAUUUGUUUAUUGUAAACCGAUGCAUUAGUCUUGCCUGAUUACAUGAAGGUGUUUGUUA